AUGUCCACUUUGCACAUUCUGUUUGAAACUGCCUCGGGGUAUACCCUGUUUGAGCGGCUGGAGGCCGAGGAGAUCGGCCAGGAGCUUGAGGAGGUCCAGCAGGCCACCGUCGACUUUGCCAAGUUUGGCAAGAUCAUCAAGCUCAAGUCCUUUGCGCCCUUCAAGUCGGCUGCCCAUGCCCUGGAAAACAUGAUGGACGUUUCGGAAGCCGUUGUCAACCCUCAUCUGAAGGCCUUCCUGGAGAUGAACCUGCCCAAGGCCGGCAAAAAGGCCAAGGUGCAGCUCGGCGUCUUCGACAAGAGCUUGGCUGGUGCCAUCAAGACCGAGCUCGGAGUCGACUGUGUCAGCAACGACGUUGUCCUGGAAUUGAUCCGUGGCAUCCGACUGCACGCUGAAAAGUUCCUCAAGCAACUCAAGGAAGGCGAUCUGGGCCGAGCCCAGCUCGGUCUUGGCCAUUCGUACUCGCGUGCCAAGGUCAAGUUCAACGUCAACCGUUCCGAUAACAUGGUUAUCCAGGCGAUCAGUCUGCUGGACCAGCUUGACAAGGACGUCAACACCUUCUCGAUGCGCAUCAGGGAAUGGUAUGGAUGGCACUUCCCCGAGCUUGUCCGUAUCGUCAACGACAACUACAUCUACGCCAAGCUGGCCAAGUUUAUCCGAAACAAGAGCGACCUCUCCGAGGCUCAGCUGGAGCAGCUCGAGGAAAUCUCUGGCGAUCCCAGCAAAGCCAAGCAGAUUCUGGAUGCUGCUCGUGCCUCCAUGGGCACGGACAUUGCCGAGAUCGACAUGCUGAACAUCGAGAACUUUGCCGACCGAGUCAUUGCCCUCACGGACUAUCGCAAGCAGCUCCACGGAUACCUUGUCAGCAAGAUGCAUGUGAUUGCUCCCAACCUGUCCUCUCUGAUCGGAGAAAUGGUCGGCGCCCGUCUGAUUUCUCACGCCGGCAGCUUGACCAACCUGGCCAAGUACCCUGCGUCGACCGUGCAGAUCCUCGGUGCCGAGAAGGCCCUCUUCCGCGCCCUCAAGACCCGUGGCAAGACGCCAAAGUACGGUCUGAUCUACCACUCGUCCUUCAUUGGCCGCGCCGGCCAGAAGAACAAGGGCCGCAUCUCGCGCUUCCUCGCCAACAAGUGCACCAUCGCCUCCCGCAUCGACUGUUUCCUGGACAAGCAGACCUCCAAGUUCGGUGAGCUGCUGAAGGAGCAGGUCGAGGAGCGACUCAAGUUUUACGAAGAGGGCGUGACUCCCCGAAAGAACGCCGAGGUCAUGGCCAAGGCGCUGGCGAACGCCCGGUCCGAGGGUGAUAUGGAUCUCGACGACGACGAUGAAGCAGAGGAGCCCAAGGCCUCCAAGAAAUCUUCCAAGAAGGAUGUGGACACUGAAAUGGAGGAUGCCACUCCCAAGAAAAAGUCCAAGAAGGACAAGAAGAAGGCCGCCGAUGAGGACGAGGCCGAGGAGAAGGACAAGAAGAAGAAGAAGAAGAGCAAGGACGCUGCCGAAGAAGACACUGAAGCUGCGGACAAGUCGGAGAAGAAGAAGAAGAAGAAGAAGGAUGCUGAGGACGACACCGAGGCGCCGUCAGACAAGAAGGAGAAGAAGAAGAAGAAGAACAAGGAGUAG